ACGAGCAGAACAUAAAGCUUACACAAAUCAUUUUGUCACCAGCAAGCUCUGACAAGCACAGCAACUGAGAGGGAGAGAGUCAUUAAAAGGUAGAGAGCUGUUGGUACAGACAGUGUAAAGUGGAGAGAGUUUUCUAACAGGACAAGAACAAGAAAGAGAGAGGUGUGAUGAGCUCCACAAUGAAGAAGCCACAAGUUGUAGAAGCUUAAAGGCAGAGACAGACAGACCGGCAGGCAGAGACAGAGAGAGGAAGAGAAGAGAAGGGAAGAGGAACGACAGCAAUACCAUCAUAAGCACACAGCAUGAGCCAAGAACAUCUGUAACUUCUGCUACUGCUGCCACUGCUGCUGUUUCAGACAGAGACACUCAUUCAGGUCUCUCUCAGGACUGGCUUCACUUGGAUCAUUUCUUCUUUUGAAAUCGUCAUACUCAUUACAGCAUCUCAGACCAGAUUCAGGAAGAAACAGAGAAAAAAGAAGACAGAAUCCAGCUCCUUUUUGUUCAGAAGAUUAGAAACAUAAAUGUAUGAAGGAGAGAAGCAACAUUUACCUUAGAGGACAAAGACAGAGUGCUGGAGGUGACCCUUCAAGCUGACAGGAGGUCCAAAGAAAAAAAGAUUCUGAAGUGAAGCCUUAACAACCACUGUCAGCAAAAGGUGCAUUCCUUCCUCCCAUAAUUUUGUGUUUUAUUUGACCUCAGCCACUCUCAGGGAGCUGUCCUGUGACCUCUUUGUAAUCCCUUGUCAUUGUGUCUGUUGCCCAGUGGUCUGGACAAGAAAGACUGCAUCUGUUAUUCAGCGGUUUUGACUGUACACAGAGACUGUGUGUGUUGGCAAGGGGUGAGACUGUGUUGAAAUAGUACUCUCGGGAGGGGGGACCGGGAAGCCCUCAGGUUGACGCAGCCUGUGGUGUGCUGGUGUGUGUGUAUGAGUGCGUGUGUUAUUUUAACGCGUUUUUUAAUGUGUUGAUGUGGGCGGCAGGUUUGUGAGACGGUCUCUGGGGAGCACCGUGUGAGUCAGGUUCUGUGAGGCAGUGUGUCUGUAAGUCUGUGCCUUCUCACAGGGGUUUGUGUUUGUGGUGGGGUAGAGGGCGUCAUCAGCUGUGAUACUCUCUUCCUGGUCAGCCCAGUCUCUGCAACCCUCCAGUCGUACAUUUGGCGGUUGCUACGGCAGCAGAAGCAGUAGCAGCAGCAGAGCCAAGCAAAGUAGUGGGGUAAAGAUACAAGGUGAGGCACUACAGAGAGACCACAAUCAGUCACACCCUGUGAGAGUGACUCUCAGCCCUCUACUGAUCCCUCGGCUGUGAGGGAACAGCGGUACAGCACAGCGGCGUACAGACAGGGUCCGUGCACCAUGAGAGCAGAGUGCUUGGUGCUGGCUGCACUGUGGGUGCUGGGCACAGUGUGCCACGUAGGAGGCCUGUCCACCUGCAAGACACUGGACCUGGAGCUAGUGAAGAGGAAGCGCAUUGAAGCCAUACGGGGCCAAAUCCUCAGCAAGCUGCGGCUGCCCAAGGAGCCGGAGCCAGACCAAAGCGGGGAGGGAGAGGAGAUCCCAGCUGCCUUGCUGUCCGUGUAUAAUAGCACAGUAGAGCUGACCGAGGAGCAAGCUCAACACCCGCAAGUCCCAUCCUCACCGGAGCAGGAGGAGGAGGAGUACUUUGCUAAAGCGGUGCACAAGUUCACAAUGGGCACAAACAGCACUAAAGAACAGAUGCUGUUCAACGUGAGUGAGAUAGCGGCCAGCGUGGGGAGCCCCGACCAGGUGUCCCGUGCUGAGCUGCGCCUGCUCAUUAAGACCACCAACAUACCCCCUGAGAAGGACCAGAGGUUGGAGCUCUACGAGGGCCUCGGCGACAGUGCCCGUUACCUGGGAUCCCAUUACAUUUCCAAAGCAUUGAUUGACCACUGGUUGUCCUUUGACGUCAUAAAGACCCUGAAGAAAUGGAUAGAGAAAGGCGAAACUCUGCAGUGGUUCCAGCUGAAGUUGUAUUGUGGCUGUGGGGAGGCUAUGCCACAGUUCCAGUUCACAAUCUCAGGACUAAACAUGCAGAGGGGAGACACUGGGGGUCUCUCUCAGAAGAUGCAGAAACCUCAUAUUCUGGUGAUGUCGACUCCUUUGGACCACGCCAGCAAGCUCACCUCACGCAGGAGACGGGCCACUACUGGCGAAGAGUUCUGCACUGAGGCGUCUGAAACCUGCUGUGUGCGGAAGCUGUACAUCGAUUUUCGGAAAGACCUGGGCUGGAAGUGGAUUCACAAGCCUAAAGGCUACCAUGCCAACUACUGCAUGGGCUCCUGCACCUACAUCUGGAAUGCUGAAAAUAAGUACUCCCAGAUCUUGGCUCUGUAUAAGCACCACAACCCUGGAGCAUCUGCCCAGCCCUGCUGUGUACCCCAAGUCCUGGAACCUCUUCCCAUACUCUACUAUGUGGGGAGACAACACAAGGUGGAGCAGCUAUCUAAUAUGAGUGUGAAGUCCUGCAAGUGCAGCUAAAGCCAAGGCUCUCUCUGAGUCUCUCUAUCCUUGCUGGACACCUCCAGAGAAAAAAAGGGAGAGGGGUUCACAUGUCAGAGAGCAUGGAGAAGUGUGACAAGAGUGAGGGAUGGAUUGCACAGAGAGGAAAGAGCUGAGAAAAAACAGACGGAUGAAUGGUGGAUGAGGACACUGUCCAAAAACAAGGGAUUAAAAGAGGUCAUAAUGUCCCAGGAUUUCUGCGCUUUCCAUUUCACGUCUAUCAGGACCAUCCUUGAUGGAAAAGUACAAAAUAAAGGACUUCUAUAUAAAUGUUAUUAAUAUUUGUUUUUAUCUCAUACUAUCAGAUGUUUUCCAUAGAUUAAAUUAAUUUAUUUGUUUUAUAGAAUAUAAUCGAUUGUGUUGAUUUGUUGUGGUGUAAAACAAUAGGCAGAGCAUAGAGCAAGGGAGGAAGAGGCUGUUCUGUUUUUUUUUGUUUCAGGAAGAGACUGAAGAUAUCUCUUGGUGCUCAGUUUUAGAUUAUUGUUGUUAUUAAGCGGCAGGAAAACACUGGACCAUCUGAGUUGGUGCGAAGCUGGGUUAAGUUACACUGAACUUCCCACACUGAGACCAGAGCUUUGUGCUCACAGGUAUGGGAACUCGAGUCCACCCAGCAGCCCAGAGAUGAGCGAACCCAAACAACAGGAAGAGAGAACAAAAGGCACGACUGGGAGCACAGCAGGGCGCUGCUCAGACCAGCACACAGGAGACAUGAACACGGCAGCACAUCUUGUCACCCUGUCCUCGCGGGCCUAGCCGGAGGACCCGCCUGAGAUGCAUGAAGGAGCAGCUUAGUCCUGUUCUGAAGCCAGACAUUCAUGAAGGGAACAUAAAAUGUUGUGUGGCACAGAGGAGCAGCAGCUACACAUUCAGCAUUGACUGAAGAAUGACAGGGUCCCACUUUGUGACCUAACGCAGACCUGUUCACCAGUGACAUGGAUGUGAGCGCACUCAACAUAGAGUUAAGGUGGGGUGGGUCUGGUCAGUGCUCCUUUUGCUUCCUCUCCCUCUGUGAUGGACUUAAAUCAUAUUUACAUUCACCAAGAGAGUCUUCUUUACCCCCAUACGGUAAGAGAGGGAGGGGCAGCCACCAGGGAGUGUUACUCAACCCUGUCAACACACACAGGGCGGGGAAGGAGGGGAAAGGGUCUACCUGCCACACCUAACCCUGCCCUGAUGCAGCUUGACCAGGUGUGCAUAGCUCUGUGUGGGGCAUACCUAAUCAUAGGAACUGUAUGGAAGGAUUCAAUUGUCUUUCAUGCUGUUUUUAAUGGAACUGUCCACUCAUGAUGUGACUGCCUGUGUGCACAUUCUAACAGUGGCCCUGUUGCUGGGUUUGAUCCUAAUAUUCAUCAUAUUUGUCCCUGCUUUGGCCAUUUGUUUCAUACUUUAUAUUACACUGCAUGUUUCAUGUGUUACUGAGACUGUUCUUCAGUUGCCCUUGAUGUGUGACACCAUCUGUAAUGUUGAGGGUGUUAAGAAUAUUAGGGAUACUGCUGAUAGCGGUAGAUUCUUUUUUCCCGAUUAUCACAGAAUGAAGGCUGGAGGAGAGUGGUAAUAUGGGGCGGUGCAAUAGAGAAUGAGUGCACAUCGUGCUGCUGUUUACAUUCUGGCACCACACUCAUCGGCUAGACAUUUAUUGCGUUGUUUUCCACCGAAUUUACCAACCCAUCACCAGUUCAGUAUCCGUUCCAGGUGAAACAAAUAUCCAUUGCUGCCAUUUAAUUUUCAUUGCAGAGUGUAUCCACACCACAGUAUAAUAAAAGCCAUUUGAACUGGUUCUGAGUGCUUUUACAAUGACAUUAUCACACAACGCACCAUUCCCAAAUGCUUGUUUUUUGCAGCAGUAGGAUAAGCUGUGGCUUUAACUUGUUAUGA